AUGCCGUUUAAUGUAGAUCCGGAAAAUGUAGCUGCAGAAUUGCAGUUGGAAAUUAUUGAAAUGCAGUGCAGUACCCAUUUGAAGCAAUUGUUUUUGAAUUACACAAAACUAGAUUUUUAUAGAGCACUUCCGAAAGCUGAAUUCCCAAAGAUAAUUGCUCAAGCCCAGAAAAUUAUGGCGAUGUUUGCGUCGUCUUAUGUGUGCGAAAAGACUUUUUCGACCAUGAAAUUGCGGAAAAACUCAAUCAGAAACCGAUUAACUGAUGAACACCUUUUCGCACUGUUGAAAGUUGCUUCGUUACAGAUGGAACCUGCUUUCGAAAAUAUUAUGGAAGAUCAAAAACAAUUCCAUAAUAUGUCUCAGACGCCUACCAUGGUUGAGCCUUUGAAUAAAAGUUAA